AUGAUUCGGAACUCGCUGUCACAGGCCGUCGGAAAAGCCAGCUUGGUUGCAGCAAGGACUCCAAAACAGCAGUCAUCCCGUUUGAUUCAUCUGUCACUGGUAAAGAAAAAUAAUAAGAAUCCGUUGAUGCUUCGUCGACGAUUGCUGGUGCAGUCGUUUUCUACAUCAGCAUCGAGUGGUAAUCAAGUGGAUGUAGAAGCUUCUGCUGUUGUCCGUAACAAGAUAUUGGCAGUGGUAGCUCUGGCAGGUGCUGUGGCUGGGGCUGCCACGUUUAUUGGAACUACUGCCAACAAUGUUGCCUACUGUGAGCAAGCAGAGGAUGAUGAGGAAACGAAACAGGUUCCCAAAACCACCCUAGACUAUUUAAAUUUCGAUGUAUGGACUCCUGCGAUUGUGGCUAGGGAGGAUCUGAUGGAAUUGGCGAACGAACACGAUGGUGGAUUGGAAGGAUACCCAGUGUAUUCCGCCAAGGAAGUAGCGGAAAAUGAUGGGACGGAUGGAAAACCAAUUUGGAUGAGUUAUGGUGGGGUCGUUUAUGAUGUGACCAAGUUCAUAUCCAAUCACCCGGGAGGAUCAGAGAAAAUAAUGAUGGCAGCAGGAUCAAGCAUCGAACCAUUCUGGCAUAACUAUCGACAACAUUUUUCGUCCGAUCUACCGAUUAGACUCAUGGAGCACAUGGUCAUUGGCCGACUCCUUGAAAAAGAUCAAGUCUUGGUGGAUGCUCACAUGGAAGCCAUCUAUGAAAACUCAGAGGAUCCCUUUGACCAUGAGCCAGUGAGGCACAAGGCACUGAGGGUGCACUCGGAACAUACCAUGAAUGCCGAGACACCUGCACAUUUACUGACCAACAAUUACUUGACACCCAACUCGAUCUUCUACAUUCGACACCAUCAUCCAGUACCAUUCUUGACUACGGAACAAGUUCAAAAGUUUGCCUUGGAAAUUGACUUGUCUGCGUUUGCGCCUGGUGGCGGUGAGGAACUCUUUGGAAAGGAGAAGCAAAAAUACAUCCAACGAUACACUCUCGAGGAACUCAAAACAAAGUUCCCUGAAACCCACGUGGUGGCUACCUUGCAGUGCAGUGGAAACCGUCGCUCUGAUUUCAAUCGAUUCCAACGUACAUCCGGUACUGGAUGGGGCCAAGGUGCCAUUUCCACGGCCAAAUGGACGGGUGUGCGGUUGUCGGAUUUGUUGAAAGAUGCGGGCUUGGACAAUCCCAUGGAAGCGGAAAAGGAGCACGGGGUAAGGCAUGUCCGCAUGCACGCCUUGGAUGGCAUGUCGGCAUCGGUGGGAAUGGAAAAGGUCAUGAAUCCCUACGGGGAUUGUAUCGUUGCCUACGAAAUGAACGGUCAACUGCUGCCGCGAGAUCAUGGAUAUCCCCUUCGAGUCAUUGUUCCAGGAUAUGCUGGUGUUCGCAACGUCAAGUGGGUCAAUCGAAUCGAGUUGGCCAAAGAGGAAGCAGAGGGUCCAUGGCAACGGGGGUUGAAUUACAAGAUUUUGCCUCCUUCCAUUACUGAUGCCAACGAGGUCGACAUCGAAACCAUGCCUUCCGUCAUGGAGCCAAGCUUGUUUUCAGGGAUUACCAAUUUGCGUCUUGGCAAAAACAAAGGACGUCCUAGUGAGUACCAUCCAGGCGAUAAAGUGAACAUGACGGUUUCGGGCUGGGCUUGGGCCGGAGGUGGUCGCAAUAUUGUUCGUGUGGAUUUGACGGGAGAUAAUGGUCACACUUGGACAUCAGCAGAAUUGAAGGAGGGCAAGGGGCAACGAUUUGGCAAGGCGUGGGCUUGGACCUUUUGGGAAGCUCAAGUUCCUGCAGUUGUACUGAAAGAUGGGACUGUGGACGUUGCCUCCAAGGCAAUCGACAAUGCUUUCAAUGUACAGCCAGAAUCGAGUGAUCACGUAUGGAAUGUCCGAGGUUUAGGGAACAACUCCUGGUUCCGCCGCAGCUUUCGUUUGUCAUCCCCAGGAAAGAAGUAA